AUGGCCGUGGAGUUCAUGGAGUAUAGGAACAACAAUAGCAACAGCAGCGAUUUCAAGGCGAAAAUGGAAGAGAACGAUGUGCAGGAAGUGGCGUCUGGGCUCGAGAGCGUCGAAAAGCUAAUCAGAUUGCUGUCCCAGCAAAGUCAGCAGCAACAACAAUACCAAUCGUCGUCUUCCUCUAGUUCGAAACCUUCGUUGGAAAUGGAGAUGGACUGCAAGGUUGUGGCGGACGUCGUCGUUUCGAAGUUCAAGAAGCUUAUUACUCUUCUGGGUCGGGCCAGGACCGCCAUGCUCGCUUCAGAAGAGCCCCUUUGGCUAAUUCCCAAAGCCAAGAGAAAGAGAAGCACCCAACAAAGUUUACUACGCCACCCCGAUCCAGCAGAUCCCACCUCUUCCUCACCACGACCUCAAUAA